AAAAUUUCAUUUUGAGAUAUUUGUUUCAACAUGUACAUGUAUUUGAUUUUUCUUUCAGUUUUACCAGCAGCAGUUGACAGAUUGGGAGAUAGCAAGGAACAGGUUCGAGAACAAUCUCAAGGUCUCAUUCAAAAGCUGAUGUCACCCGCUUCUUCACCACAGUUUGUAUUUGAGAGGCUGAUGAAAGCAUUUUCGCACAAAGGUUGGCGUGUUCGAGAGGAAGUUCUACUAUGUUUAAUGCAGGCUAUAAAUGUAUUUGGUGCAAGUUCUCUACUAUUAAACAAAAUUGUUCCAUCAAUAUGCAAACUUCUUGGGGAUCCUAACAGUCAAGUAAGAGAUACAGCAAUCAACACACUAGUUGAGAUCUACAGGCAUGUAGGAGAGAAGGUUAGGAUAGACCUGGGUAAAAAGGGCAUUCCUUCAUCAAGGUUAUCUAUUAUUUAUGCCAAGUUUGAUGAUGUGAAACGGUCCGGACAAAUGGUGGUGCAGUCUGAACAAAGUGCUCCUGCUAAAACAUCAGCAUCGCAAGAUGAGACUGACAGUAAGCCUUCAAAAAAAUCGCGGCAUUCUAAAAUCGACACCUCUACAUCAUCAUGGAACGCAAAAGCCAAAAGUGCUGUUGCGAAGAAGGUGGCUAUGAGGGCCGCAGCUGAGGCUGCUGUU